ACGCCGCGUCUGGCGCGGGGCCGCUCGCAAGACCCGGACGUGUGGGGCUGGACGACCCGGCUAGCCUCGGGGCGCCGGCUCCCGGAACGCAGCGAUAUGAGGUGGAGAUUAAGGUGACAGUGUCUGGUGGAUCAGCAGCUAUCCCAUUGCCUCUUUCGUGGGGUGCUGAUAGUUAGGAGCAUGGAGAACAAGCACGAGGUGAUGAACCAAGCUCAUGUCCUCUUCGACCAGUUUGUUCAAGCCACCACCUGUAAGGGAACCCUCAGGGCCUUCCAAGAGCUCUGUGACCACCUGGAGCUGAAGCCUAAGGACUACCGCUCCUUCUACCACAAGCUGAAGUCCAAGCUCAACUACUGGAAGGCCAAAGCCCUCUGGACCAAGUUGGACAAACGGGGCAGUCACAAAGACUACAAAAAGGGAAAAGCAUGUGCUAACACCAAGUGUCUCAUCAUUGGUGCUGGUCCCUGUGGUCUGCGCACAGCCAUCGAUUUGUCUUUGUUGGGAGCCAAGGUGGUGGUUAUUGAGAAACGAGAUGCUUUCUCCCGCAACAAUGUCUUACAUCUCUGGCCCUUCACCAUACAUGAUCUGCGAGGUCUGGGUGCCAAGAAGUUCUAUGGCAAGUUCUGUGCUGGAGCCAUUGACCACAUCAGUAUCCGCCAGCUCCAGCUGAUAUUGUUGAAAGUAGCCUUGAUCCUAGGUAUCGAAAUUCACGUCAAUGUGGAAUUCCAAGGACUUGUACUGCCUCCUGAGGACCAAGAGAAUGAACGGAUAGGUUGGCGGGCACUGGUACACCCCAAAACCCAUCCUGUAUCAGAGUAUGAGUUUGAAGUGAUCAUCGGUGGGGAUGGCCGAAGGAACACCUUGGAAGGAUUUCGUCGGAAAGAAUUUCGUGGCAAACUGGCCAUUGCCAUUACAGCAAAUUUUAUUAACCGAAAUACAACUGCAGAAGCUAAAGUGGAGGAGAUCAGUGGUGUGGCUUUUAUAUUCAACCAGAAAUUUUUCCAAGAACUGAGAGAAGCCACAGGUAUUGAUUUGGAGAACAUCGUCUACUAUAAAGAUGAUACACAUUAUUUCGUUAUGACAGCCAAAAAGCAGAGUUUACUGGACAAAGGGGUGAUACUGCAUGACUAUACUGACACAGAGCUUCUGCUCUCCCGGGAAAAUGUGGACCAGGAGGCCCUUCUGAACUAUGCCCGUGAGGCGGCAGACUUCUCUACCCAGCAGCAGCUACCCUCUCUGGAUUUUGCCAUCAAUCACUACGGGCAGCCUGAUGUGGCUAUGUUUGACUUCACUUGUAUGUAUGCCUCUGAGAACGCUGCCUUGGUACGGGAGCAUAAUGGACACCAGUUAUUAGUGGCUCUGGUUGGGGACAGCCUCCUGGAGCCUUUCUGGCCAAUGGGAACAGGAAUAGCCCGGGGCUUUCUUGCUGCUAUGGACUCUGCCUGGAUGGUACGAAGUUGGUCUCUAGGAAACAGCCCGUUGGAAGUGCUGGCAGAGAGGGAAAGCAUUUAUAGGCUGCUGCCUCAGACCACCCCUGAGAAUGUAAGCAAAAACUUCAGCCAGUACAGCAUCGACCCUGUCACUAGGUAUCCCAAUAUCAACAUCAGCUUCCUCAGGCCAAGCCAGGUACGCCAUUUGUAUGAUACCGGAGAAACAAAAGAUAUUCAUCUGGAAAUGGAGAACCUAGUGAAUUCCCGAACCACCCCAAAAUUGACUCGCAAUGAGUCUGUAGCUCGCUCAAGCAAACUUCUGGGUUGGUGCCAGAGGCAGACAGAUGGUUAUGCAGGCGUAAAUGUGACAGAUCUCACCAUGUCCUGGAAAAGUGGCCUGGCCCUAUGUGCGAUUAUCCACAGAUAUCGCCCUGAUCUGAUAGACUUUGAUUCUUUGGAUGAGCAAAACGUGGAGAAGAAUAACCAGCUGGCCUUUGACAUUGCUGAGAGGGAACUGGGCAUCCCUCCCAUCAUGACAGGCAAGGACAUGGCAUCUGUGGGGGAGCCUGACAAGCUGUCCAUGGUAAUGUACCUGACGCAGUUCUACGAGAUGUUCAAGGACUUGCUCUCUUCCACAGAUAACUUGGAUCUGAAUGCUGAAGAGAAAGCAGUUCUAAUAGCCAAUACCAAAUCCCCCAUCUCCUUCCUGAGCAAACUGGGACAGACCAUUUCUCGGAAGCGUUCUCCCAAGGAUAAAAAGGAAAAGGACUUAGAAGGGACUGGGAAGAGGAGAAAGACAAGUCAGUCAGAGGAGGAGGAAGCUCCCCGGAGCUGCAGAGGAGAAAGACCAACACUGGUGAGCACUCUGACGGAUAGGAGGAUGGACAUUGCUGUUGGCAAUCAGAACAAAGUGAAAUACAUGGCAACCCAACUGCUGGCCAAAUUUGAGGAGAACGCACCAGCUGCACAGUCCAGUAGCGUAAGGAGACAGGCAUAUCCCAUGUUGUUCCAAACUACUUACAGGCAUCUUCCACAAUGUCCGACACAAGAGCGUGGGGUCAGCCAGCCGACCUGCUGCCUGCCUGAGCAGGGUCGCCCUGCUCCUACCCCCCAAUGGAAACAGCGACGGGAAAAGGAUUGUUCUCGGACCUGCCCCAAAAAAGUGAUCACACUCUCUCCUCCCUCUCCUCCGCCUCUCUUUUGGGCACACAGUGGCCAACAGACUUACAGGGAUCUUGAUGCUGACUGCCGUGGCAAGCAGAGUCCCCGCCAUGAGAGGGGAUCCAUAAAGAAAGAGUUUCCGCAGAACUUGGGGGGCAGCGACAUGUGUUAUUUCUGCCAGAAGCGGGUAUAUGUGAUGGAGAGGCUUAGUGCUGAGGGCAAGUUCUUCCACCGAAGCUGCUUCAAGUGCGAGUUCUGUGCCACCACUCUGCGCCUCUCAGCCUAUGCCUAUGACACUGAAGAUGGAAAGUUCUACUGUAAACCACACUACUGUUACCGACUCUCUGGUUACGCACAAAGGAAGAGGCCAGCGGUGGCUCCUCCAUCUGGAAAGGAAGCCAAAGGACCCCUGCAGGAUGGCCCUACUGCAGACACAAAUGGACGGGCCAGCAUCGUUGUCAGCUCAGCUGAGAGAACUCCAGGUUCUGGCAUGAAUGGCCUGGAGGAGCCUAGCAUUGCCAAGAGGCUGAGGGGCACCCCUGAGAGAAUCGAGCUAGAGAACUACCGCCGGUCUGUGAAACAGGCAGAGGAGCUGGAGGAGGUGCCUGAGGAGACACAGGCAGAGCACAACCUGAGCAGCGUGCUGGACAAAGGCACUGAAGAGGAUGUGGCCAGCAGCAGUUCUGAGUCGGAGAUGGAGGAGGAGGAGGAGGAGGAGGAGGAAGACCAGCUGCCCACCUCUGACCUGGGUGGUGUUCCUUGGAAGGAGGCUGUAAGGAUCCAUGCUCUUCUGAAAGGAAGGAGUGAAGAGGACCUGGAAGCCUCUAAGAGCUUUGGGCCUGAGGAGGAGGAGGAGGAAGAGGAAGAGGAGGAGGAAGACUAUGAAGAAGAAGAAUAUGAUGAAGAGGAGGAAGGGUCCAGUGAAGCUGGGAACCACAGGCUACAGCAAAUCAUAAAUCCAGCGGAUCCCUUGGCAAUCCAGGCUGAUGUGCAUUGGACACACAUUCGUGAGAAAGAGGAGGAGGAGAGAAUGGUCCCAACCUCAGAAUCCUCCACUACCAGAGUGCCUGGUCUUCCCUCCAUACGCCGCGCAGCAGUGCAGGCCUGGCUGGAGACGGUCUCUGGAGCCCCACUAGACGAGAACGACCUGGAGGAGGACGUGGACUCGGAGCCAGCAGAGACGGAAGGGGAGGCUGUGGAGGACGGGGACCCCGGAGACACUGGUGCUGAGCUAGAUGAUGAUCAGCAUUGGUCUGAUGACAUCCCAUCUGAUGCCGAAGCGGGGCUUCGGGUGCCACGCCAGGCUGAAGUAGAAGCAGAACUGGAGCUGAGAGUAUCAGAGAGCGAGGGGGAGGAACCACCUGCCUUGCCAAAGCAACAUGAGAAAGGUCCUUCCCAGGUCUCCAGCCCCCUUCAGUCUCCUCAGGAACAAGCUGCUCUGCUCACCCCAGCCCACAGCCCUGUGGUUGAGGGAGCCCAGAUCUCACUUGUCUCUGCUACCACCAAGGUGAGACCCCCAGAGGAGCACCUUUUCCCUCUGCUCUCCAGAGAGAAGCCCAAAGCCAGAGCCUCUGCAGAUCAGAAAGCGGCACACUCUCCUAUCCGAUCACAGCCCAUGGCUUUGCCAGAAACCAGAUCACCAGUCUCAUCAGCUGACUCCCAGCCCUCUUCGUCGCCACUGCUAGGUCCCUCUGCACCCACCUCUACACCCCCUUCAAUAUCCCCAUUUCCCAUCUGUUCUCAGCCUCAGCUAUCCUCAGAGGCCACUGUUCCAUCUCCCACCCAGUCCCCUAUACGCUUCCAGCCCGUUCCAACCAAAACAUCCACCCCCCUCACUCCUCUCCCAGUAAAGAGCCAAGGUGACCCCAAGGACAGACUGGGCAGCCCUCUUGCCGCGGACGAGGCUGUGAGACGGAGUGAUCUGGUAGAGGAGUUCUGGAUGAAGAGCGCUGAGAUCCGCCGUAGCCUUGGGCUCACACCGGUUGAUCGGAACAAAGGGCCUGAGCCCAGCUUCUCACCAGCCCUUAAGCCAAUGUCCCUAAAGUCCUACUCUGUUGAAAAGUCUCCUCAGGAUGAGGGGCUCCAUCUUCUAAAACCCCCACCUGUACCUAAAAGGCUGGGCCUCCCAAAGUUAGCAGGUGACCAGCCAUCCCUGCUGACUCCCAGGUCACCUGAUGGAGAGCUGAGAAGUUCCCAGGAGGAGCGCAAGGACCUGUCCAGCAGCUCCGGCCUGGGCCUCCACGGCAGCUCUUCCAACAUGAAAACCUUGGGCAGCCAGAGCUUCAACACCUCGGACUCCACCAUGCUUACCCCACCUUCUAGUCCACCCCCACCCCCACCACCCAAUGAGGAGCCUGCAACCCUGCGCAGGAAGCCCUACCAGACCCUGGAGUGUAGAGUGAGCCAGCCCAAGGCCUCAGUUGUCCCUCCCCCCCCACCCGCCCCAUUUAUGCGGCCCCCACGAGAGCCAGCCCAGCCUCCCAGGGAGGAGGUGCGGAAGUCAUUUGUGGAGAGUGUGGAUGAGAUCCCCUUUGCUGAUGAUGUGGAGGAUACGUAUGAUGACAAGACAGAGGACUCAAGUGGGCAGGAGAAGUUCUUCACACCCCCCUCCUGCUGGCCCCGCAAAGAGAGGCCCCUGGCCAAGGAGAAUGGACAGCUGCCUCUGAUGGAGAGCCGCAGCCAGACGCAGAAGAGGGGGCUGCCCCAGGUCUCUGCAGAAGCCAAGGAACUGGCUGAGGAGCGCAUGCGAGCCCGGGAGAGGUCCGUGAAGAGCCAGGCACUGAGAGAUGCCAUGGCCAAGCAGCUGAGUAGGAUGCAGGAGAUGGAGAUAGCCAGUAUGGCCCCCAAGUCCCGAAUGAUGCCAUUGGCAUCCUCCAGGGGCAAGGAACUGAGGUCUGAAUCCCCUAGUCGCCGGGGCCUCAAAACAGCUGAGCAGUCCACCCUGAAGCAUGAAGCCACCAGUGAGGAGGUUCUCUCACCUCCGUCAGACUCAGGGGGCCCCGAUGGCUCUGUCACCUCAUCUGAGGGUUCCAGUGGGAAGAGCAAGAAGAGGUCAUCCCUUUUCUCCCCACGCAGAAAUAAGAAAGAUAAAAAGUCCAAAGGGGAGGGACGGCCCCCAGAGAAACCCAGCCCCGGUUUCCUGGAAGAAGCAGCCACAAAGCCCAAGUCCCUGUGGAAGUCAGUCUUCUCCGGGUACAAGAAGGACAAGAAGAAGCGGAGCGAUGAGAAGUCCUGCUCCAGUACCCCAUCCAGCGGUGCCACUGCAGACUCCGGCAGACAUGGGCUGUCUCCUGUUGUGAGAGCAGAGCUGCAGCUUCGGCGCCAGCUGAGUUUCUCUGAGGACUCGGACCUAUCCAGUGAUGAUAUCCUUGAGAGGGCCUCCCAGAAAUCCAAGCGAGAGUUGAUUUAUAUACCACACGCCUUGGCAUUCAGGAGGUCCUACUCAUCAAAGCCAAGAACCUACACAGAAGAAGAACUGAAUGCCAAGCUGACCCGGCGUGUGCAGAAAGCAGCUCGGAGGCAAGCCAAGCAGGAGGAGUUGAAGCGGUUACAUCGAGCCCAGAUCAUCCAACGGCAGCUGGAGCAGGUGGAGGAGAAGCAGAGGCAGCUGGAGGAGAGGGGGGUUGCAGUGGAGAAGGCGCUGCGUGGCGAAGCAGACUAUUGGGGAGAGUCUUAUUACAGUGACCUCAUCGACUUGCACCUGGGUGGCAUGGGCAAGAAGGAUGACCCCAAGCUGAUGCAGGAGUGGUUCAAGCUGGUGCAGGAGAAAAAUGCCAUGGUGCGCUAUGAAUCGGAGCUGAUGGUCUUUGCCCGGGAGCUGGAGCUGGAAGACCGGCAGAGUCGACUGCAGCAGGAGCUGAGGGAGCGCAUGGCUGUGGAAGAUCAUCUGAAGACUGAGGAAGAACUGUCGGAGGAGAAGAGGAUCCUAAAUGAGAUGCUGGAGGUGGUGGAACAGAGAGACUCUCUCGUGGCCCUGUUGGAGGAGCAGCGGCUCCAGGAGAAGGAAGAGGACAAGGAUCUGGAGGCUGCCAUGCUAUGCAAGGGCUUCAGCUUGGACUGGUCCUGAGCCCAGCCUGCCCCUGCAGUUGGUGGAUCUGGCAUUUCCUGAUCCUGCUGGGUGCUCCUAAACCACCUGGAUCCAAGAGCCUGGGGCCCUUAGGAGCUUGAAGUCAGAUGCCCGUGUGGUGUGCUCGACACCUGCCUGUGUGCUCAUGCACUGUGAGGAAGCCCUGGGGGAUGGUUCCACCCCUAGGAAGGGGCCAGUUAGACCCCUACGCUGUAGGGAGGAGCAGGGUGGUUUGAUGUAUGUCUGCACAGUCCCUGACUGCCACUGCCUGGAGCUGAUGGCACAUUUGUUAAGAGAGGGAAGCGGCUCCCUCUCUUCAAAGCUACCGCCACCACCACAGAGAACACCACAGAGGGCGGUCCUUUUCUUCAUGCUCCCUGAAGCACCACCAAAGAAGGGCAAAUCACCCUGCCAAAGAACAAUGUGGACAGAAAGGAAAGGGGCAUUGCUCACCUCAGCAUCACAGGGAAAGCUGAGUGCUGGGAAGGGUCUGGAUCAUUCUGGAUCAUUCUGCCAGUCAAGAGGACACAGUCUGGGUCUGCCCCCAGUCCUGCAUCAUACAUUCGACCCCUCAGUGGCCAACUGCCCAGGCCUCUCACUGGCUGUGUCCUGAGGCCUGUGGAGUGCUGCAUUUUGCUUUAGUUCACAGCCAUUCUGACACUGGAAAGUACUGACUUUGUGGGGGCCGCAGGAGGCCUCUCACAUCAAUCUCCCCAUCGACGACGGAACUGUCCCUGCGCAGCGCCCCUGUGGGGCAGGAGAUGGCCAUCCUCGGCAUUUUCCUGUGCUUGCACAUUGAGAUGAAGCUGAUGAUCUGGCCGGACACUCAGUCACUUCAGACCCUUUUGGCCAAUUAACUUAUUUUUUUAAUACUUGAAAAGAAGCCACUUCAUUUUUUGUACCUUUGCUAGAGACACUGGUCCCUGGCACCUGCGUAUAGGCUUGGGAGAGAGACCUCUGCUUGUCCCAUGCAGUCUGACCCCAAACUGACUGAAUGCUUGUUACGUGCAUCUAUUUAUUAUUAGCCUUCUUCAGAGUGUUACCGACCUGGUCGCCAUCAGGGACCACUCAAGACCCUCCCGCUCCCAGCUACAGCUUUCUGGCCUCUCCUUUCACUGUCCUCCUCCCUGCGCCACCUGGAACCCUAUCCUUGCUGUGCACUGGACUUCUACAUAAGAAUAGUCACUUGUUGAUGUAUUUCCGCAUCAUGGGAGGCCAGACCAAGAGGUAAAGGUGCUGCUCCCUGUUAGGAUCUUGGCUUGAUCUUAAACACAUUUUUUCCUUCAGUUUUGGUGCCAGGAUUUUACUUCCGUCCACACGUAGGUUAAAGAAAG